CAGAGGUCCUCAACCAUGUCCUCAACCGAGGAUCUCUCCGCCGAGCCAUGCGGCAUGGACCCGUCGAUGGUUGUGUCGAUGGGCGACGAGCGCUGCGAGGGCGGUCAGGGUGUCUUGUCAAAGGCCUGCCGUCCAGAGGUCCGCCGUGCGAUCGAAGCCAACCUGCUGUUGGAAGGCUUUGCACACAUCUUUACGCAGCAGCGGCUUCUCCACCGGCUGGCCAAGGCCUCAAAGCCAGUGCAGUCGGCGCAGUCCUUGGAGGAGGGCGAGUUGCCCGUCGCUCACGGCAGCUCCAUGCUCGCAGUGCAGGCCUCCUGCUCCGAGUCGCCCUUUCCUUUGCAGAGCCUCGCCACGCCGUCGCAUCACCGCUUCAUCAGCUACAACUGGAGCGGGUCGCGCCAGAGCAAGUGGUGGACGCUCAUCUACCUGCUCAACUUUCGGAAGUUCUUCUCGGCCACCGUCGCCGGCUGGGUCGCGGCGAUGGGUGUAGGCGUCCCGCUUUUUGUGUGGUCCGGCCCCGCAAGGGCGUGGGUCUCCUCAUCGCUCGAGCCGCCAAACGUCUGGGCGAUGUACAACACCAUGUACGUGGUCAUCACCCUCGUCGCCGCCCUGCUGCUGGUCUUUGGUCAGGUUCUGCCCUUCUCCGACCGGCGCCCGGUCUUCUUAGACCGCCUCUGCAUCUCCCAGACCGACCGCAAGCUGCGCGAGGAGGGCGUGGCCGCCAUCGGCGCCAUCCUCCAGAAGACGGAGAGGCUCACCGUGCUCUGGUCCGAACGCUACUUCGAGCGGCUUUGGUGUGUGUACGAGGUCGCCACCUUCAUCUGCCGGCACGGCGACGCGGCCAGCAUCGAGAUCAUGUUCCCGACUCAGGGCAUCCUGCUCGUGCUCAUCAUAGCCAGCGACCUGCUACGGCACAUCGUCAAUCUGCUCUGCUGCUCCGUCGGCGACAUCGUCGACCCGAGGACGGCGGCCUACUCCGUGCUCGCCGCGCAGGAGACGCUCUACGCGUCCUUCUGCGUCGUGGUGCUCGCGCUCGGCAUGCUCAAGUUUGCUCGGGAGCGGCAGCUCAUCCACCGUCAGCUGCAGACCUUCGACGUGCGCGAGACGGCGUGCACCGUCGAGGGGGACCGCCCCAUCGUGCUCGAGAGCAUCUGCAGCGAGGUCGAAGGCUACCUCCGACGCAACGGCCUCCCGCCUGUGCGCGACGGGGACCAGCUCGACGUCUUCAACCAGCUGGUGCGCACAAAGAUCGCCACGCGCGUCCGCGAGAUCAAUGGCUGCUGGUGGCAGACGCUGCCAGUGCCCAUCGCGGGCUACUACGCGUUUUGCGUGUGCAUCAAGAUCCUGUACUCGUCGUGGCUGCUCGACGUCGCGUGUCCAGACUGCCAGCCGGACGGGCACAAGCUCGUCUUUGUGUCGCCGUCGGGAGUCUUCCUCGAAAAUACGCUGCCGUCGUUCCUCGCCGUCUAUACCGUCCUCGGCCUGCGCCCGCUCUGGCGAAGCAUCCACCCGCUCGGCCUCUACGCCACCCUCGCGCUGUUGGCCGUCGGCCUCCUACGCCGCGCUCCUCUCGCGAAUCCACGUCACGUGUUUAUGGUCUUUGCGCUGCCACUGCUGCUGUCGCUGCCCGCGGCUUGGCAGACCUCGCCACCACCGGCACUUGCACCGCUGUCGGUUGACUCGCCGCCGGUGCUGCCGUCACCUCCCUCCCCGCUCCCGCUGCCGCCUCCGCCAUCACCUCCGCCUCCGCUGCCGUCGCCUCCGAUCCCGAAGGAAGAUUAUUCCCACACCGUCAACGCUAGCAGCCCGUGCUCCCUCACCGACGGCGGCUCGUGCGCCGUGUCGCCAAACUACCCGAACAGCUACGGCAACGAAGAGGCGUGCACCAUCAGCGGCGUGCCGCCGGUCGGGCUGGAGGUGGUCGGCUUUGAGGUGGAGGCGGAGGGCGGCUGCCGCUACGACUACCUCACCGUCAACGGCACGAAGUACUGCGGCUCCUCGGGGCCGCAGGGCGUGGUGGCGGAGGACGGCGUCAUUGAGUGGCGAUCGGAUGUCGUCGAAUCCGGCGGCGUCGUCUACGCGAGUAUCAGCGGUGCGGUCUCGCUAAGGGGCUCCACCGUGACGGGCUGCUCGGCUGGCCAUGGCGGCGGCGGCGUCGUCUGGGCGUGGGACAGCGGUGCGGAGGGCGGCGUCGUCUUGGCGAAGGACAGCGGUGCGGUCUCGCUAACCAGCUCGACCGUGAGGGACUGCUCGGCUGGCCAUUUCGGCGGCGUCGUCGCCGCGCUUACCAGCAAGUCCCUCUCCAUCGCGGGUGUCGACUUCAUCGACAACAGAGCGGACUGGUCAGGCUCGGUGCUGUACCUGGAAGGCCUCAAACAGCCUUUCUCCAUCAGCGACGCCUCCUUCACCGGCAACGACGGUGUCACGAUACAGACUCUCAACUCGCGGAUAGACUGGGGGUGCCGCUCGGGCCGCUGGAUGCCGGCCGAGGGCGCCUUUAAGGGCAACUUCAGAGUGGUCCUCCUAUUGUACCGCGCUCUCACCCGCAUCGAGGCGUGGGGCCGCUUCAGCGCACGUCUUGACAUCGUCGAGUCGCAGGUCGGCUUCCAGCCCAAGUUCAAGGUCCUGGUCAGCUUCUACCAGAUCGCUGGGUCGCUAGGCCCCGUCUACGGCGUCCGCCUCGACGAGGCCUUUACGCGCUGGACCAAGUUUAUGGACUCGCUCAGCUUCGACGUUAUCGGCCUCACCUACCCGGGCGCGUGCAUGGGCACGAUGCGAGUCCGGCUCAUGGUCGCCGGCUUGUGGCCUCUCGUUGCCAUUUUGCUUGGAGGCGCCGUCCUCGCCUGCCACGCCCUCGCAGUUUGGCUUAUGUCUGGUCGCGCCGAUGACCUCCGUCGCGACCUUGUCCGAGCCACGCUUCGCCGCAUCCUCUACUGGGCCAUCCUCGUCGCGUACCUCGUGCUCCCCUCGGUCUCUCGCACCAUUUUGAAGGUGGAGCAGUGCGAAUCGUUUGCCUUCAACGACAUUACCGGGGAGAGGCGCAGCUACCUCGUGGCCGACCUCGACGUGCUCUGCAGCGCCGACGGCGAGUACCGCGACCUCGACGCCUACUUUUGGGCCUUCUUCGUCCUUUGGCCGGUGCUCAUCCCGCUAGCUUUCCUCGCGCUCCUCCUUUCGAUCCGCUCCGAGGUGCAAGCGCAGCGUGUCACCCCGCUUGCCCGAGCAAGCCGCUUCCUCUGGCGCGACUACAACCCGGAUAUCCUCUUCUGGGAGGUCGUCGACAUCGGCCGCAAGCUCUUCCUCGCCUCGCUGGUGCUCUUCAUUGAUACCGAGUACGGAUCGAGCAAGCUCCUCCGCCUCGUUGUCGCGUCUGUAGUCUCGGGCCUCUAUCUCGCCGUUCUCGCCCUCGCCCGGCCCUUCAAGCGCGCCGACGACCUCUACCUCGCGUGCACCGCCAGUCUCUUGCUCUUGUGCUGCUUCAUCUCGGGCACCGUGAUUCAGCUCUGCCCGGAUCCGGGCGCGAGUGCCGCUUACGAGAACAUGUGCUACACCCUCGUCGGCUUCAACAGCGCGCGCGGAGCGAGUGAGUUUGUCAUCGUGCUCACUGCCGCAAUGCUCGCCACGUCGUUGCUCGUUGUUCUCUUCAAGACAGUGAACGCCGUCCGCGCGCCCACCAUCCGCCUCGCCUCCACCGGUCGCCCUCCCGCCCUCGAGCUGUGCCCCGAGUGCCACUUCCACGGCUUUAUCUCACACGCGUGGGGGACCGGCCAGGACCAGACGCACACCGUCGUUCGCCAGUUGCAGCUGCUGAUCCCCGGCGUUCGGAUCUGGCUCGACGUCGAUAACCUCGACGACGUGGGAAGGCUCGAGGAGGCGGUGGCCGAUGCGAUGGCCUUUCUCGUCUUCCUCAGCGCCGGCUACUUCAAGAGCUUCAACUGUCGCCGCGAGCUGUACGCUGCGCUCGCCUCGAACCGGCCCUUUAUCCCCAUCUUCGAGGCCGACGCGGCGAAGGGCGGCGCCUCGAUCGAGGCGCUGAAGGCCGAGUGCCGCAAGAGCUGCGUCGAGGUCGCCCCGCCCGCCUACCCUUCCUACCGCGGGCCGGACGAGAUGCUCGCGCGCGUGUUUGAGGAGGCGAAGCCGAUCGUGUGGGUGCGGGUGAACGCCUUUCAGCUCGAGUCGCUCAAGUCCAUCGCGCUGCGCAUGCUGCUGCACUCUCCGUUCUACGCGAGCCGCCCGGCCGAGCUUGCUGCAGGUCUGACGGUGCCUGGUGAGGCAGAGCCCGUCGCCUUCAGCGGCCCCGUGACUAUCCUCGUGUGCUGCGGCAACAAGGGCGCCUUUGGCGUAGCAGACGAGGUCAAGGCGGCGGCGGGGGAGGGGGGCGGCUCUGCUGCAUCCGAGACGGUUGUGAUCCGCGAUGCGGAGGAGGCGCUUGAGGGAGCCAGCACGGCCCCUCUCUCAGGACACUUCGUGCUCCUGCUCUACCUGAAUGAUAAGACCUUCCUCGAUGCGGGCGGCACCGUCGCUCGCCUCGUGCAAGCCGCGAUGGACCGGCGCAUCGCCAUCGUGCUUGUCCACGAGCAGGACCCUAGCUGCGGUGGCCGCCCGUUCCGGCACUUUGUUCAGCAGACGCCGCAGGUCCUGCAGCGGUCGCCGUACAAGCUCUACGACACGGUGGCGGUGCCGCUCUACCCGUCGGAGGAGCACCGCCGGGUGAGCCUGCGCCUCGUGCUGCGUGGCAUGGGAGCGGCACCGUGCAGCGCGGGGAUGCUGCGGCGGCAGUGGCAGCUCCUUCGCCGCCGCAUCGCGGUGGCGCGUCUCCGAGAUGCCGCCCACGCGCGGUUCAGAUAUGGGCUGCAGUACCCUGAAGGACCACGGCAGAAGUCACAGAAGGGCGGCGUGCAGGAAGACUCGAGUGGCGAGCUGUCUGUUGAGUGCGGCCCACGCAUCCUCCCAUGA